GAGCUACUCCCCUCCAUGCAGCGAAACUGCAUAGUGAUUUAUACUGCCAGACUUGGAAAAAGCAUAAUAGUCCAUAUCACUUAUGUACUUUAUUCUUAUUUCAACCCUGAACGCAAGAACCUCAAAUGGAUCGGGUUGGACCUGGUGAAUGGAAAGCCAAGAGACAAUAAGCAGGCGGGAGUAUAUGAACCCAUGAUGGUUAAAACCAAGAGUCUGAAGUUCGCCACAGAGGCAGCCAUCACCAUCCUUCGAAUUGAUGACCUUAUCAAGCUCUUCCCUGACCAGAAAGAGGGCGGGCCGUCCUACCAGGAUGCUGUCCAAUCAGGAUCUCUGGAGGGAUAAAGUUCAGCUACAUCAAAUCUUUAAUUGGCUGGUUCUGGUGUCGCUCCACUCAGCUUUUAUAUUUAUAUUUGGAUCCAACUGAUGAGCUGUUAGUGUAGAAUGUGCACUUUGUUUGCGUUACAUAUGUUUUGCUAUUAACAUGGCUUGUUUGUCAUGUGUAAUGUAACAAAUGUUCCUUUUUCUGCCAUUUCAAAGACAAUAAACCAGAAUGGUGUUGAAAGG